AGCAAUGUGAUGCACAUUCUUUUCCUUUACCACCUCACAGUUACUUGAUUAAAAACAAAUAUUCACUAAGAGCAAAUAAAUCUAAUGUGUUUUUCAGCACAUUGAGGUGUUUGCCACUAUAAUAACACCUAGUCAUCAUAGACAUUUCAAUAAAAGUUUCAAUAUACUAUUGAUCACACUAAUAUCCAGUGGAUUUACAGAUCUACAGUCUAAGUGGACAGAGACUAAUGUAAAGUUCUGAACAUUUCAACCUGAGUAUUUAUGCCAUCUGCAGAAAUCUUGUGGUGAGGCAAAAGUUCCUCAAUUAUUUGUUUUAAAAGAUGCAAAAGUUCCAUGAAAUUUUAUUUAUAAAAUAUUAUUCUGCAGGUGUAACUUUUUUUUAAUGUUUGGAAACAUAUAUAGAUGUCCAAGCAAUAAUUCCAACGGGAAUGAAAUUAAAAAUUAUGACAUGAUAGACUUAGAUUUAUUUAUUUUUUACCCAAAGGAGAGCAAUAGUUAAAAAAAAGUCAUUAAAAUGCCUUUCUGGUCUUUAAUUCUAAAGACAAAAUACACGCUUGAAAUAAAAUAAAAUUAAUGCCAUUUCUCAAUUAAAUUAAAUUAUAAAUAAUGUAUUUCAGUGCCGAAUGCGAAUGAAACGAAAGGUGGAAAUUCUUCAUUCAGUUCAUGUAAAACAAAGAAAGAAGAAAACCUAAAACGCAAAAUAAAUCAUCCUAAAACUCCUGCCUGCAGGUGGCAGCAGCACGCCAGGCAAACAUCUGGUUACACUCGUAGAAGAAGACUUCAGCUAACUGUGUUUUGGAAGAAAAGCCGCCGGUGUUUAUUCAGAUAUAAGCAGUAAAGUGUCGACGGAGGGGUCAUUUUGAUACGUCAGUGAUGGAUACCGUCAUUAGGUGUGCUGAUCUGUGAUCCGCACCAAGCAGAAAGCAGGAAUUAGCCUGUUCCUUGAGGCUUGCUCCUUCAUUCCCCUUCAUUGUAAACCAGGUUUUAGCAAUUUAGGAGAGCGACAUGGACAGGAGCAGUGUCCUCUACCAGGUAAUCCCUGCUGUUGGAGACGAUGGGGAGGAAAUUAUGAAGCUGAUUCCUGUCCAACGGAGCAACAGGCAGCCUCCCCCGACCCAGCAGGACGGCCAAAGGAGUACUGGACAGUCCUACUUGACUCAGACACAUGUCCAGGUAAUCAGUGGACAGUCGUUCCCCACUCAGACGCCCGUCCUGAGGACCAGCGGACUGUCUCACCCGACCCUGAUGCCUGUUCAGUUACUCAAUGCACAGUUGUUACCGACUUGGAUCCCUGUCCAGUCUUUUCCCAUCCAGACACCUAACCAGAUAAUUAGUGGGCCGUCCGCCCCGAUGCAGAUGCCUUUCCAGAGGACCGAUGGACAGUCCUACCUGACUGCGGUUCCUGAGAAAGUCUUUACAGUGUUUAAGCCCCUGCUUCAGAGCGCCUCUCCGCCGUUCGUCUCUCCGCUUAAUGUCUUGGCUGGUCAAGUGGACUCCUUAAAAACCCAAAGUCUUCAGCAGCAGACCGAGGCCAGGAUUCCCCAGACCGGAUCCCCUUCAGUAGGAGGCUCCAGUGACAUACCAGCAUCAGAGACAUCUGCAGCACUCUGUAAGUCAGAAGUCCCAAAUUUCCCUACUGAAGCACAUGUCACGAGUGUUUCCGUGUCCAAGCCAGUUGUCAAGGAUCAAACCUUUUCUCCCUCGGCAAGCUUCUCUGCCAAAUGCAGCUCCCCCAUUGUGAUCUACAUGUCACCAGACAGCAUGGAGAACCCAGAGGUGACCCAAGCCAUCGGCUCUGCGGCUGACAGGCUGAGAGAACUGGCAGUGAUGGUAAACACUUGUGAUCCGCUGUGCAAGAGUCCAGGAUCAGAACCGUUCACCUGUGACUCACCUUUAAUUGAAGGACCAGCCCCCAAGUUAAAACUGAUUCCAAAGGCGUCGGGGAGACCUUGCAGUCCAACACGGUGGGUCAUAGAGGAGAUGGGUAACUGUUUAGCCAAAAGCCCCUCCAUAAAGCCGCCUUCUGCUGAAUCUGCCCACUUCUCCAAGAAGCAAACCCUGCCAGAAAAUCCAAAUCCUUGGGUGAUGUAUGAUGGAAGGAUGUUUUAUGGAACCAAAGCGGGCCGCUCGUCUUCUACGCCCCCCGCAGCCACACAGUCACUUCCUCCAUCUUCAUUUUCAUCUUUACAACAGCCAGUCGGGUCAGCGGGAUCGCUAACAAACGAAGUGAUUGAUCUUUGUGACGACGACUGCUCUCCGUCCUCUAACAUGUCCUCCGUUUACUGUGAAGAGGAAGACCAUGUGAUCUUUGUGUCUUAUGUUCCACCCAAGUCUACGUCUGGCUCCGGCCUGAAGGAUGGGUUAGGCAGUGGAAGCUCCAGCAGCAGGACUAAUGCUACAGCUGGAAGAGACGCAGGUCGGGUCCAGAGCCCCCCCAUCAGCCUCAGUGGUUCCGGUCUAGCAGAGCUGGUCAGAGUUGAGAGUUUAAACCCAAAGUGUCUGAGAGGAACCACUAAGCAGUGUCCAGAUAAUCUGGAGAUGGGCACUGAGGCGGGAAGCUCAGGGAGUACCAGCAUGGAAGAACAUCCUGCAGCAGUACAGCUGAACUCUGAACUUCCUGUUCCUGCGGGGACAUCUUCAUCAGCACCAGAACUCUGUCAAAAGUCCGACCACCAGCUCAGGAACAUAUUUGGGAUUACAGCUGAUGUAAGAAUUUGCCUUCAAAAGAUUGAUGAAAUGCCACGUUGGUGUGUCUCAGCAAGCGUGGUACAAACAAACUCCCGAGGUCCAGUGGACGGGAGUGACCUGUCGAGAGAUGUUCUGAAAGCCAAAGAGGUUUCUCUGCAGGACUUUCCUAGUCCAGAUAAACUGGACGUUGACGGGGAGCACUCACCGUCUCCUCACUCCAGAACUCUGAGAAGUCCGUGCGUCUCAAAGGAGAACUGCUGUUCCUUUUCACCUGAAGCCAAGCCUCUGUUCAGCUACGUUGAACCCAUUGACGAGGACUUCCCCGACGAAAACGACCUCCCCCAGAUACAGGACGCGCCUGUCCAUCCUCAGACGCAGACGUGUGUGGAAGUCAACGCGAACACUAGGAGAAUGGGGCGGACAAGGAAGCGCACCAUGUGUCUGUGCUGUGUCCCCCCUACUCUGCUUCCCGUUAUCAAAUCCGGCAUCAGGUUGGAAGAGUUGGAGAUGUGGAUGUCGGCGUCGGAGCCGGCGAGUAAACGAGCAGGGCGAACGAAGGCUGCGAGGAAAAGCCACCCCAACUGUAGGGUACACAAGCCUCCUGCCGGCAGCGACCCGUCCACUGUCCCUGAGGGGUUAAAAGGACACGAACAGAUCAGGAGACACAAUGAACAUCAGGCGAAGAAGCAGCACAAAUGACCCGUCCCAAUGCUGGGACACUGCAGCACUACACAGGGACAGACAGGAGCUUCACGUUCCGCCUAGCUGAAGGAAUAAUCGUGUUACGUUUUUAAGCACUCUUCUGAAAUGUGCAACAUGUUUUCAUAAACGUGGUUGCAUAUGAACAGGACUCUACAAAUAGCUGCACUAAAGGGUUUCUAAUAAGACAGUGUUAGUAUUUUACUGUUAAUGCAGGUCUAGAGUUUGAGUUUAUUAUUAGUUUCUUAUUGCCUCUAAUUUUUAGUCGAAGACUAUUUAGGAGUCAUGCAACACUUACUAACCUCAGAGAUGUAGUGUGGCCAACAAGACGCCUAAAUCACAGACUCAAACCCUAUGUUUCUAAGGGAAUGUGGAAGUCUUCAGGUUUUUAAGGUUGCGCAUUACUGAGAAAAUGGCGCGGAUCUGUACUGAUGCAUAAUGCAUUAAUAUUUUACCAGUUGGUUCUGGUCCUAUGGAUUAAAGCUCCACCCAAAGUGCUUUCUGAUGUGGUAGUGAGUUUCUGCUGUAUCUAAUUUGUCAGUAAAAGUAAUAAAUCUGACGGUCUACCUCUGUAACAUCAGAUUGCCCAUCCAGUCUGCCUGUGCUGGAUCUACAAAGUUAACUGCUUUUGUACUAACUUUUUUCUAACAACUAUUAAAGUGCAAAUGUUGUCAUUCUAA